AGCAGAAAGGCAUCUUCUACACUCGGCUCUGUCUGAUUUAAUGCCAAUUUUGGCAUCCUGCGUUGAGACAGGCUAUCUCCUGGACUGUUCAUGCGUGGAGCAGCUGCGCCUUUGUUCCAACUGUCCAAACCUUCUGAGACUCGAGGCUCAUCUGCAGCAAGAUCAACACCUUUUUUCUCCAAUUUAACACAACUUUAAAGAUUUCCAACUCGUGUAACAGGUAGAAUUUCAACUUUAAAGAGCUGCUGAUUCACUAAGGUAGCGAUUUCUCAAGAUUGAUCCACGAAUUUACAAAGUAGUGUUUUCUUCCUGUGAAGUGGGCGUCUGUUGCAUUUAUUUGCAGGAGAUGUGACUUCUGAGCGGGAUCAGAGCUGCAGGUAUCCGGCGGAUCGUCGUGUAGUAUUGGAGGGGGUUUUGGUUUUUUUGUAUUUUUUUGUGUGUUUCAGCACCACGGACAGCUCCUGGCACGCAGCACAGCUGCACGCGGUGCAAACUUCAGGGAACAAGCACUCAGCCUGCUUCAUUCAUUCAUCCAGCUCCACUGUGGUCCACAGCAGCUCUCGGCUGUUUUUCGGCUUUAAAAAGUGAACACUGCUGCUAAAGACAUGUGCUGGCUUCAUUCAUCGCACAGCAGCGCUGCAAACUGAGGAUCCCCGCACAGGCUGUAAUCUACAAAAACCCUGAAGAAGAGGAGGAGGAGGAAGAGGAUGGCACUGGUGCUCUAAAUGGCCUCUAUCAGAAUAAAAACACUGGUGCUUUGAGAGCCGGUGCUGCUGCGCCUCACUGUUCUUUCCUUCAGAGCCGCCAUCAUCAAAAGCAAAGCAGACACUGACCAGAAAACAAAGGCGGGGACGCUGACCUCGCUCUGCCCGGGGAUAUGUCAUUGGGGAGGUCCCCUGUGUUGGGGGUGCGCCCUGUGCCCCGACCCCUCUGGCUGUCCCACCUUAGCCUGCUGUGUGUAUACGUGUCUCUCUUUGCCCAGGCUCCCCACGGUCUGCCCAUGGUGGGUUAUAACACUGACUCCAAGAGGGAGAUCACACUGGACGGAGAUUUGAUGAUUGGCGGCCUGUUCCCUGUGCACCAGAAGGGUGAGGGGGCAGAGGACUGUGGAAAGAUCAAUGCUCAGAGAGGGAUCCAGAGACUGGAGGCCAUGCUGCUGGCGCUGGAUGAAAUCAACAAGGAUGAGCGUAUCCUGCCAGGGAUCCGACUGGGGGCUCACAUAUUGGACACUUGCUCCAAGGACACCUACGCACUGGAGCAGUCUCUGGAGUUUGUCAGGGCCUCGCUCACCAAAGUGGAUGACAGUGAGUACACGUGCCCUGAUGGCUCCUAUGCCAUCCAUGACGAUGUUCCUCUGGCGAUCUCUGGGGUUAUUGGAGGCUCCUACAGCGACGUCUCAAUACAGGUGGCCAAUCUGCUGCGACUCUUCCAAAUCCCUCAGAUCAGCUAUGCUUCCACCAGUGCCAAGCUCAGCGACAAGACCCGCUAUGACUACUUUGCUCGCACCGUACCUCCUGACUUCUAUCAGGCCAAAGCCAUGGCAGAGAUCCUGCGUUACUUUAACUGGACAUACGUAUCAACGGUGGCAUCAGAAGGGGACUAUGGGGAAACUGGAAUUGACGCCUUCCAACAGGAGGCACGGGCUCGGCAGAUCUGCAUCGCCACCUCUGCAAAGGUGAGCCGCUCCAUGAGCCGCUGGAGUUAUGAGAAUGUGAUCCGCUCCCUGCAGCAGAAGUCCAAUGCCAGGGUGGUCAUCUUGUUCACGCGCAGCGAAGACGCCCGUGAGCUCCUGGUGGCAGCAAACCGCAUGAAUGUCACCUUCACAUGGGUGGCCAGUGAUGGAUGGGGAGCACAAGAGAGUGUGGUGAGAGGCAGUGAGGCCGUUGCUGAUGGAGCAUUCACUAUUGAACUGGCUUCCUAUCAGAUUCCCCAGUUUAAUGACUACUUUACUUCUUUGCACCCAUACAACAACACCAGGAAUCCCUGGUUCAGGGAAUUCUGGGAGAACCAGUUCCAAUGCAGCCUCCACGAUCUGGGCUGUGGCAAACAUUCAUUACGAGAGGCUCCAUUUCAGCCAGAAUCGAAGAUCAUGUUUGUUGUGAACGCUGUCUAUGCAAUGGCUGCUGCUUUACAUAACAUGAGGCAAGCCUUAUGCCCCAACUCUACUAAGGUGUGCGACGCUCUUAAACCUGGCAAUGGCAGGAAGUUUUACAGGGACUACAUUCUCAAGGUCAAAUUUGAGGCACCAUUCCGUCCACCAGACACAGAGAAUGUAGUCCGCUUUGAUGCCUUCGGGGACAGCGUUGGCCGUUACAACAUUUUUCACUACCACAAAGAAGACGGACGCUAUGUCUACCAUAAGGUCGGCUACUGGGCUCAGAGUCUGACCCUGAACACCAGUCUGAUCCCCUGGGCAGGCCACGUUGCCCCGACUUCGCAGUGUAGUGACCCCUGCAGGAAAAACGAGGUGAAGAGUAUGCAGCCUGGAGACGUGUGCUGUUGGAUCUGUAUCCCCUGUCAGCCCUACCAGUUCCUGCAGGAUGAGUUCACCUGUGCUGACUGCAGCUUUGGACAAUGGCCCCUGGCUAACCUGACUGGCUGUUACGAUCUGCCGGAGGAGUACAUCCGUUGGGAAGACGCCUGGGCCAUUGGACCUGUCACCAUCUCCUGUCUGGGGAUGAUGUGCACGCUCUUCGUCAUUGGCCUCUUCCUAAAACACAACGAGACGCCUGUUGUGAAAGCCAGUGGGCGUGAACUCUCCUACAUUCUCCUGCUGGGAGUAUUGAUGUGUUAUAGCAUGACCUUCAUCUAUAUAGCAAAGCCGUCAACUGCAGUUUGCACGCUGCGCCGGCUGGGCUUGGGUACAUCCUUUGCUGUAUGCUACUCAGCCCUCCUCACCAAAACCAACCGCAUCGCUCGGAUCUUCAGCGGGGUGAAAGAUGGAGCUCAGAGGCCUCGCUUCAUCAGCCCGGCCUCCCAGGUUGCCAUCUGUGGAGCUCUGAUCUCCUGCCAGCUGGUUGUGGUGGUGGUAUGGCUGCUUGUGGAGGCUCCCGGAGUAAGAAAAGAAGUGAGCCCUGAGAAAAGAGAUGUGGUCACCCUGAAGUGUAACAGCAAGGACUCCAGCAUGCUCAUGUCCCUCACCUACAACUGCAUCCUCAUUAUCCUCUGCACAGUUUAUGCCUUCAAGACCCGGAAAUGCCCCGAGAACUUCAAUGAGGCCAAGUUCAUUGGGUUCACCAUGUACACCACAUGCAUCAUCUGGCUCGCCUUCCAGCCUAUUUUCUACGUCACUGCCAGUGACUACAGGGUGCAAACCACCACCAUGUGUAUCUCUGUUAGUCUGAGUGGGUCGGUGGUGUUGGGCUGCCUCUUUGCUCCAAAAGUCCACAUCAUCCUGUUCCAGCCGCAGAAGAACGUCUGCACUCUCAGAGUGAACACCACCCGCUUCAGUGUCACCACUGGUCCAGGCUCCAGUUUCUCUCAAGCAUCAGCCUCCAAUGUUGUUCCAACAGUGUGUAACGGACGAGAGGUUGUGGACUCCACAACAUCCUCCUUGUGAAGAUUAGCUGAGUUCCUUUGCCAAGCAUUGUAAACAGAGUUAUAUAACCACUAGUCAUGAAUCAGGUGUCUCAGAUAUA